AUGGCACCCAGCAGCAGAAGAGGCAAAACAACAAGAAACGCAAGCAAGCCCAGAAGAAGUAAAUACAGGAAGAAGCUCGUAAAGCCGAGCAUCAAUAUUCAAACGUCCACAUCAGCAACGUUGGAAGAUUCGGCUUCCAAGAUUGAUGAUGGAUUUGCAUUGGAUCAUAAUAUUGAAGGAGAUGAUGAUGUCUCUACUACAAGUCCAUGCUCUACACCAAAGGCUCAAAGGUAUCGAAUACCGGAAAUCCAUACAUGCCCUCCAGCACCAAAGAAGCGAAGAUCAGUUCCCUCAAAUUGCUCCUUACAAAGAACUCCUCCUAUUGCUUUCUUUGCUUCUCCAGAUUUAGAGCUCUUCUUCUUCUUUGCAUUUAGAGAUAUUUCAGUCUGA